AUGGCAAGCGACACGACUCGUAAGCGUCUGGUCUCGCAACGGCUGCUGCCGCCCAUGGUUCGUGCUCUUAUUCGCUUCUACAUUGUCACGUGGAGCUACAGUCAACAGAGCACAGAACGCACCAUUGGCAUCGCCAUUGACACGCAACAUGGACAUCGACCGACCUAA